AUGAGCGGCGAUUUGGAACAGAGUUCGUCGGCCGAUGAUCAGCCGACUGCAGCGAAGAGAUCAUUGAGUGACACUGGCAUUUUCGAGGAAGAAGGCGUUGUUUCGAUGACGAACACCGAAUGCCUGAGAGCAAUGGUAGAUCUAGCGGCCGGAAUUCAAUCUCCUCCUCCGAGCACUCAGCAAGGCGGUGCAGGAAAUGGUGAAAUGAAUCAGGGUGAAGCAGCAACAGCAGCAGCCGGCGACGAAUCGAGCUCAGUAGAUACUGGCUUAUUGAUGCGCCUUGGCCUCAGCAAAUCGGAUCUACUUCCUUCCAGUCCCUUGCAUCAGAAGCACAAAUUCUUAGGCCAACAACAACAGCAGCAGCAACAACUACAACAGUUUUCAGGUGGUGGUGCCAUCAGAAGUCAUCUGAUGACGAAUGCACCAAUUCCGAUUGCCCUCGACACCACGAAAUCAGUGAGGUUAGUACUACCUGCGAUAUUUAUUAGUUACAGGACGGUGAGCAAACGUUUGCCAACAGGUGAAGUGGUGAAAGUGCGAACAACUCGAAAAUGCGUGGAUACCCCCGUCGCUCCCCACAUGCUUCCUACGACGUCAUUGCCGAGCUCUGUAAGCGCUCCGGUCACUGUUGCUAGCGCUACUGCUACCAUAAGUGACACAAGAGCAAUUGUAUCCUUUCGUGAUCUGACGGCGACUCCAGAUAUCAGCGAUGAGCGAGCUGCAGCAGAACUGAAAUUCAAAAGAGACGCUGCUUUGGCCAGGCUUGUGAUCAGGACCAAAGCAUUCAAUCUCGUGAAACUGCCCGAAUUUAAGGUUAAUUAUCAGUCAUUUUCUUAAUA